GUUUGGAGUUUCUGCAGUCUUCAAAAAUGGUAACCGUUUGGUGUUUCUAUAAUUUUGGGUUCCUCUGUCUGAUUUUAGGACAUCAGCCCUGCUGGAGUAGAUGAAUGGGUGCUUGAGGAGGAGGUAAUGGCACUCAUAGCCCAUCAGACACAGGGUUCCCAUGCGACCUUUUCCUCAACACCCAUCUCAUGGACAAAAGGAGUGAAGUUGAAAUCUUUUGUAGCUCUUCGGUUGGAUGGGAGAUCAGACGGAUGGAUCUAUUUAAAACGCCACCUCCGUUUAAGCCUAACUUUGAAAGGUUUCUUCCACAGCAUAGGGACCUCUCGUGAUCUCGGACCGGUCAGAAGACCUUUAAAGAUCCUAGCCUUCAAAGGCAGUGCCCAGAAUGAUGAAUCAGGAAGCAGAUCGAGAGGAUAUAAAUUGGCAAAGGAUUCUGUUAAACUCUCUUAUGUACCACAUGAGGGUGGAGAGACUGCAACAGAAUCUCCAGAUGUACAGAAUGUCUAUACUUCAGAAGGAGAUGAGAGUGCAACAGGAUCUGUUGCUAUUCAGAAGUUAUUCAAAAAAUGGUUGAUGAUGUUGCGCACACAAUCUUCUAGCCUAUCAACAAAUGGAAUUUUGGCGGUGGCACCAUCUGAGUGUAAAAUCUCCGAACAUCAAAGUGAGGGCCGGAAGCAGGAAGCAGUCAAGAUUUUGAAGGCUGCUUGGUGUUACUUUCUGGGACUGGAUGCAGUGAUAAAGAUUUCACUACUGAUAUUCAUACCAUUGUACCUGGCAAUUAAUAUUGUUUGUGGGCCUGAAGUCUCAAAGGAGUUAAGACCUCUGUGGAUUUUUGGGCCACUGAUCAUGGCUCUCUACAUUAAGAUGCUUCGGGGGCUUUGUGCUCUCUAUGUCUUCACUUUUAAGCAGACAAUGAGUGUGGCGAAGAACUUGCCAACCUACUAUGUGCUAGCUUACAACUAUAUGGCCCAAGGGAAGCUCAAAGAAGACAUACAAGCCCGUUUCUGGGAACCUGUGCUUGACAUUAAAAACUUGCACUACAAAGCAUUGUCUAAGAGGAGAUUGAAACAGUUCAAAGAGUGGGUGACCGAGAAGUACCUGGAUUAUGUAGAGUCAAUAUGGCCAUUCUACUGCAGAACAAUCAGGUUUCUAAAAAAAGCAAAUUUCAUCUAGAUAAUGAGAUUGUAUUGUGGGAUCAGUGUUCAUUAGCAAUCAUGUUUUUGAAGAGUCAUGAUACUCAAGAUUGUGAGAUUUUAUUGCGAGGACAAGUCUUUGCUAAACAAAGGCAAAGAAUUAGGUCCUCCAAUCAGCAGAGUUUUUUCUUCUUCUCAAUUUGAAGUGUUUCAGAGAGAAGAUAGAGCUCGGGAGUAUCAGAGCUGGAGCCCCAUUUUAGACUGGGGUGGUUAAUAUUAGUAUUGGAGACUGGAAGAAGCACAGUCUGCCCACUUGGGUAUGUAACUUUAAAGCAAUGUGUUUUUUUUCUUCCUGAUCUAAUCGCUAUAUUAUUGUUAUUAUUGUCCUUCUCUUUGAAUUGUAUUCUUUUCCGUCUUCCUUUGGUUCUCUGAGGUCCUGCAAUGGUAUGGGAGCUGUUCCACAGGUAAGAGUCUAUGAUGUUCUGGGCAUUCUGUACAUUUUGUUUCUAUUGCUGGGUUAGCAGUGGUUAGUUUGUCAUUAGGGCU